GCAUUCAUUGCUAAUUGCCAGUGAGGUUGAAUGCCUGUCUUCUGUGACCUUCUUGUUCAAACUUAAAUUUUAAAAUUUUUAAAAAAUUUUUUCCUUGAUUCAUAGGAGUCAUUUAUGUAUUUUGGAUAUUGAUCCUUUGUUUUGUAUGCAUAUAUCCAUAUAUAUUUUUCAUGCUGUCUCUUGUCUUAACUGUGUUUGUUGUUACCUGUUUAUGAAAAUGGGUACAGUGGAUGGCAGUUUGGCAAUAUCUACUACAAUUUAAGUGAGCAAGACCAAUACUUCUAGUUUCUCUGUAGCUCCCUAGAGAAAUAUCCAUGUAUACAAAGUUAUCGUGUGUGUGUGUGUGUGAUCUUAGUUUCCUCGCCCGGGAUGGAACCCGUGUACUCUGCAUUGGAAGCAGAGUCUUAACCGCAAGUCCCCAAAGAUGUUUAUUUACAGAUGCAUUUACAAAGAUGUGCACCAGAGCAUGGGGUGAAGUGUUAAAAAAAGAAGAAAAAAAGUAGAGCUAAACCCAGUGCUCCCAACAGGGGGACAAGUAAGACUCCAGCCUUGGAGCCACAUGGGCAGAGUUGAGGUUCCCGGCCAUGAGUGCAGCCUGUGCUGACGUGGAGAGAGUGCUGAGUCGUGACCACACUAGGGUAGGUAGAGCCACAUAGGAACACAGACACGCUCACACACACUCAGGAGGAGUGUCAGGAGGAGGUGUGUGAAAUUACACCCACUGUUUCCCCAGGUGGGGGUCCUGAGUGUGAUUUGCUAUGUGUGGACUUAUUUAUAAGAGGUAAUUUUUUUCUUCGAUAAAGUAAUACCAACAAUAAAUUAAUACUAGUUAGCUCCAUGUGAGUACCAACAGUCUUCUACUGAGCAUUUCAGAUGCAGCAUCGAUACCCUUGCCCUGGGAUGUUGGAGGAGAGGAGUCGUGGUGUCGGUGGCGGGCAGUGGAGUCCAAAUUCAAAUCCUGCUUAUUUUUGUCGGUUUCACCUCACUCUCCUCCAGGUAAGUGGAGAGAGAGUUGAAAGGACGAAAUUGGAAUGUGGACAUGGAGUUCCUGAUCCUGGAGGGGGCCUUCGCAGCUGGAGGCUGGGGCCCCACGAGGCCGAGGCCCGGGAGAGGCAGAAACUGGACGAGGAGAAGAGGAGGAGACUUGAAAGAUUUAACAGUUCCAGAACUAACUUGGAGAACCUGGCUGAUUUGGAAAAGUUGGUUCAAAGACGGAAAGAAAAGCGACUGAAACGCAGGGUCCCCCCCAAGGCACCCCAGCCUGAGGUCAAGCCGCAGCCACAGGCCCAGCUGGAACCCGUGGGCCUGGAGGUGUUCCUGAAGGCAGCUGCCGAGAACCAGGAGGCCCUGAUUGACAAGUACCUGGCAGACGGAGGGGACCCCAAUGCCCAUGACAAGCUGCACCGCACGGCCUUGCACUGGGCCUGUCUGAAGGGUCACUGUGAGCUUGUGAACAAGCUGCUGGAGGCAGGUGCGGCCGUGGACACUCGGGACUUGCUGGACAGGACCCCAGUGUUCUGGGCCUGCCGCAGAGGGCACCUGGACAUCCUCAAACAGCUGCUUAACCGGGGCGCCCAGGUCAACGCCCGAGACAAGAUCUGGAGCACACCCCUGCACGUGGCCGUGCGCACGGGGCACUGCGCCUGCCUGGAGCACCUCAUCGCCUGCGGGGCCCGCAUCGACGCGCAGGACAAGGAAGGUGACACGGCUCUGCACGAGGCAGUACGACAUGGGCGCUACAGAGCCAUGAAGCUGCUGCUGCUCUACGGAGCUGGGCUGGGCGUGCGCAACGCGGCUUCGGUGACCCCAGUGCAGCUGGCCCGGGACUGGCAGAGGGGCGUUCAGGAAGCACUGCAGGCCCAUGUCAGGCAUACCCGGACCCGGUGCUGACGACCUGCAGGGCCGCUCACAGCCUCAUUCCAGCCCCAUCACCCCCCCACCCUCCCCAUGGUCCUUCCUUGGUACACCCCCCACCCCGGCCUGACCCCUCGUCUCCAGGCAGCCCUGUCAGACAGGGCCACUCCGAGAGGGGGACAGGUAGGAAAGCCUUCCUGCCUCCAGUCUGGGGCUGAGCCGUGCCCAGCAGGGCGCGAGCUGGGGGCCGAAGCAGAGGACCUGGGUAUGCGGGGCAGGAAACUGGGUCCAGUCGAGGGGCAGCAGGGGGCUGGCGCCAGGAUGGAACGGGAAGGGAGCAAGCCCCAGGCUUCCAGGGCCAGUGCAGGAUAUAGCUCCUCAGUGUCCACCAGGCCUGCGGCCAGGAGAUGACCUGGCUCAGCCCUCCACGAGGGCCCACCUGCCAUCAGAGGGUGACAUGUCGCGUGGCCAGCGCCAUCGGGCCACACAGGUGCCCUUGGGCACAGGUUUCUCCAGGGGCCUCAGUUCCUAUCAGCAGCAACCCUGAUAGCGUCCAGAGUGGCUCCAGAUGCUUCAGCCUUGAGGCUCUGAGCUGGGUCUGCUGUCUGGAGGGGGCUGCUCAGCGGGUCUGAGCCCCCCAGUACAGAAGGCCAGCCCCAGCCCAGUUGCCUCAGCAGCCCCAGGGCUGACGAGCUGGAGCUAAUGUUUACCCCAGGGAAACCUUGUGCUCUCGGUCAGGCCCGCCUGCCGAACUCGUCCGCCAGCUGGCAGCUCCUUGCAGAGGAAGCGCCUGGGUGCUGGGGGUUGCUUGUGGCCCACUCAGCUUCUGGGGUGGUGGCCCGUAACCCUGCUCUGCCCUGGGCGCGGACGCCCCCUGGCCCGAGCACGGCACCGAGGCCUGGCCUGAGCGCGGCACCAUGGCCUGGCCCCUGUGGCCAUGCCGCUUCGCCCUCCUUCAGGGCAGGACGUGGAGGGCUCUGAGCUCACCUGCUCCUUCCCCUUCUCCCCUGACGAGGUGGCCGUGAGCGCACAGCCUCUGCACACUCCCCAAAGCUUCCUCUCACGAUCCUUCCCUGCACACUCCCCAAAGCUUCCUCUCACCAUCCUUCCCGGGUCACGGCGGGGCUGGGUCCUUUAAUGCCAGAAACCAGAUAGCAAACCUUUGAGAACAACUUUGCCCCAAAUGGAGAAUCACAGGUAAAGUGAUGGGCUCCCGGACGGAGGUCAGCCUCCCUCACGUAAAGAACCUGGGCUGAUAGCCACUCUGCAGCAGUUAUUUUGCGUCUCAAUGGCCACCUUCUCAGGCCAAGGACAAGGCAAUUUCUACUCGGUGAAAAAGCUGGCAAGAGCUCCGAAGGACGGCCGCACACCUUCCCCUCACACGGGCAGCUCCUGCACUACUGACAGAGCCCUCCGUUCACCCAGACAUGGGGGCCACAGGCGAACAGGUGGUCAAGUCCACGGAGAAGACAACUUCCCAUCUAGAAAAUGGGGACACUUAGGUGACAGAAAUACCUUUUUAUACACAUCACUAUUUUUUGCUCAUUAAAACUGGUUGAUUAUCCA